GUCCCCGUGACUUAAGCAGUUCCUACCAUGUUUGUUUUACAUUAGAUACAUGUGGGUGUUCCCUGGAACACAGCAGCCUCUCUGUGUGGAUUUCCUUCCGCUUUCUCGCCUCUGCUGUGUUUUGGCUCCAGAAUUCCACUCAAGUUACUAUAAAUUUGGUGAAUCUCUGUGCCCAGCCCACAUCUGAUAAAUGGAUAUCAAAGGAACAAAUCAAGAAGCAUUGAUGAGGGAAAUGGUGGAGAGCUGACUUUCCAGACCCUCAUGAGGACAAGAGGCACUAUGUUUUCUGCGAUUUCUGCAUCUUCAAGAACAGUGUAAGAACUUCAAAAACUGCCAACUCUUGUCCUUCCUGCUUUAUGGGUCAAGUAGCAUUUUGUCUGACCUCUAUUGAACUUUCCUCUUAAGCGGCAUCUAGAACAAACUCUAGCAGAACGACUCUUGUCAGCCAAGAUUUGCAGCCUUGCUUUGGAUUUUGGGAAACAUGUGCGGGAACUGCCAGCAAAGAGAUCACCUAUGGAGAUGCAACCUGCUGCUGUUUUUCCUUUGGAGUUGCUCUGCGUCAGAAACCUGGCCACACCCCACAUGUCUCCCCUUGUCUGCUUCCACCCCACAACCUGUGCAGGGAUUUUGGGAGCUGCUGCGAAAAGGCACUGGGUGCUCCAGUCAAGAGCGAUCUUCUACUGGGCAAGAAGUACACAUUGUCAGCCUGCACAGGGGGAUGCCAAUGAAUGCCCAGGUCAUUCUUGUGUUGAAUCCUGAGCCAAAGGAUGGAGCCCCCAUCUUUGUGCUGCAGUCCCAAGAGCCUGUGCUCUGGAUGCUGUCAUCUCCUCCUGGGAAAAAAUGGACCUUCCAGGUCUCCCCGGGUUCCAGUGUUUUAGCCCCUGAGCCAGGGGCUUUUACUGAGGAGACCAGCUUUCCAGAGGCACCCCGAGGUCUGCUCAAAUGGGCACGGAGGGAGCAUGGAGGGGUCACAUCUCUGGCUGAGUAUCAUGGAGUCAACACUGUCUACAUCCUGGGGAAUGAUGCUGCUGCACCCGCCACUUGCAAGUUGCAGAGGAAUUUCCUCUCUUCCUUGCAUUUUGCCUCUAAGCGCCAACAUCAGCCUCUGCAGGUCUGCCUGAAUUCUCACCCUCCCCAGGACCUGGAAGUUCACAUCAUCUUCUCUAAAGGACUUGCUCCGAGGUCCAGCUUGGCCCAUCUGACUGUGGAGCUUCAUGGUGUCCAAAGAUCCCCACGCCAGGGGCUGCUCUUGAUACUGAAGAGCGAAGGAGCUGCCCAGUGGAGAGUUCAGGCACACCACCUUACUGGCCAACUGCACAUACUGGCUUCACACGAAGUUAUUGUCAGCAGCACAGGAGCAGAGCCACCUCUGAUUGUGACCCAGGAGGUGUCCUCCAAGUUGGCUUUCAUCAGGGAUCCCUUGCAGUACGCAGCAGAGCAGAAGCUGCCUGCCUUCACAUCCUAUACUGAGGCUGAGCGGGUGAACAGGUUUCUCCUUGUGGUUGGGAUGAAUGAGACCCCAGCUGCUGUUUCAGCAGAUCCUACGCUCUUCUGGCCAUUGUUUCUGCCUCCCUCAAAACUCUCAGUCAAAAGACAGAAGUUUCCAGAAGCUGUUGUAGCAGCCAGGGAAGGAAGGCCAGAGAUCUCAGAAGAAGGCCAUUCUGCAAUUCCUCUGCUGCCCAUUUCUAAAACAGAGGGAGUGGAAUCUACCCCGCAUCCUACUGUGGAGCAGAAACCCUUUAAUGAAAAAAGGGGCGCUCAGAAAGUCUCCUUUGCCUCAUCACCUCCAAACCGGACCUCUUCCCCAGAAGCCACGAUAUCCUUUCAGGAUCUUCCCUUCAGCCAUGGUAAUGUCCUGCUCAACCUAGAUGUUUACAACUCAGAGUCUUUUGCCAAGCAGCCAGGACCCUGUACAGUCUCAGCAAACAGCCGGGUCUUUGUAGAGGCUUCCUUGGCAUCCUACGACUUGAGUCUUGGCUUCACCAUCCAGCGAUGCUUCAUCUCUCCCUCUUCUGAUUCUUCAGUGGUUUUUCCAUACCUGCUGAUCUACCACGGCUGUGCUGUUGAUGCCCAUGUCAACAUGUCAGAGUUGGAGCAGGCAGCCCUGGGCCAGGCAUUGCCUCCAGGCCAGCAGGAGCGCAGGCGGCUGAGCUUUGUGCUCCAGCCCCGCUCCAACCACUCUAUUCAUUUCCUGCACUGCCACCUGGUGCUCUGCAGGAGGGAGCGCUGGGAUCCCAGCAAGCCCAAGGACCCAAUCCCAAAGUGCCCAACAGAAAAGGAGGCCUGCAAGAGAGAAGUGGAGCCGGGCAGUGCUCGCUUCCAGCGCACUGUCACAAAGCCCAUCAUUGUGACUGUGAAAACUCCACUCAGAGCUGCCACUCCAGAUUUGAGACAAGAUAAUUUCCUACCCAACCAGCAAGGAAAACCACGGAAAAAUGUGCAACCCAUCCCAACAGCAGUUGCCCCACGCCUAGAACUCCCAGCUGUAGUUGGCAUUGCCUUUUCAGCUUUCAUCAUUGGCUUAUCCCUUACUGGUGGACUUUGGUUCAUUCAUUCCCAGACAAGUAGGUCCAGAAGAAACAGCCAUUCCAAAGUCCCCAGAAGUAUCCUCAGCUCUGACUGCAGCUGACCCUGCAUAUGGUUCCAUGCCUUAAGGAAUACAGUUAGCUGGAUGUAAAAAAGUUAAAAGAAACAAAGUUCUGGUAUUCUAAUGAGGAAAGGGGGUAACUAAAGGACAACCAUCAACCAUGAUGUAUUUUCAUUCAAGCUGGCCGUAUGUCUGUUUUAUAAGUUUCAAGUUGUGUUUUGCUUGUGACCAAGCAUUUGUUUCAGCACAGCUGGCUGUGUUUCCCCCUCAAUACAAAAGGCACCUAUGAAGAUAUCAGCCUAACACCCAUCUUUUAAUCAAUAUCGUACUAUUCUGCAUACCCUCAUGCUCUCUCUAAACGAGUAAAUUCUGAAGCUGCCAACUGAUACAAUGUGAGAGAAGACAAAAGGCUCAGGUAUGUCUGCGGGCUGCCAUUCCCAGUGGAGGAAUCUGGACUAAAUGACACUUGGCAGUUUUAGUUAUCUGACUUUAUUACUAAAUCUGUGCUCUUUGCAUGAAUGUGAAUCUGUAUUUAAAGAUUCUAACUUUCAUUUAUCUUUGAAGCACUGGUUCUUUAACUUCCUGACAAAAAUCACUACCAAAAACCAAAAUUUAAACUUAAGCAUACUUGGACAGUGUGCGUGCCUGCUUAUCUGGUAAGCUACCUUGCAAAUGAUGUACCAGCAGAUACGCAAAAGUUCACUGUAAUUAUUUCAGCUAGCAGAAAUGCUUUCUUACGGCCUUUUAGUGGGUGCUUUUCAAUUAAAAUUCUAGACCUUACGUUGGCUGUUUUGCAAAAGCUUGAUUGACAAGGGCAGACUAUUAAUGGCUAUAUUACUGUACUUAAGGAUUUUUGAGAGAGAAAAGUAAACGGCAUCUUACAUGUGA